UUUGACGAAGACUUGGAUGACAACGGAUCCGGUGGUGACAGUGACGACGAGACCAAUCACUCACGACUUCUCACAGAUAUAUCACUUCUCGACGAGAAGACAAAAAAGUCGCUCAAAUGGAAAGCCACUCGUUUUGAGGCCAAACCAGUUGUCAAUGAAUUUAAUUUGUCUCAAAGUGAUAAUCAAAUAUCUAUAAACGAUUUGUUGAAAGACGUGAACGACACUAAUAUUAGUGUAAAGAAGUUGAAACACUUCAAUAAGAAGCGACUUCUGGAUCAACCGCUCGAGAAGAUAGUGUCCGACAAAAUCAAACGCACCGUUAAUUACGACAAGACGUCCAAAGAGUUAAAGAAAUGGGAUUCAGUUGUGAACACCAAUAGAAAUGCACCACAACUACAGUUUCCACUUAAACAACAGUUACUCACUUUAGAGCCCUCUCGAGAGGUGACCAAACAGUAUCGCCCGAAGACUAAGUUAGAGCUCGAAGUGGCGGAACUGUUGGGCAAAUCAGAGAAUAACUUAACCGAUGAUAAGCCAUUGACUGUCGCCGAAGAGAAGAUAAUGAAAGCCAUGAGUUUAGAAGAGGCGAAACUGCGGCACAAAGAGCUCCAGAAAAUGCGAGCUCUUCUCAGCUAUGAAGAGGUGAAACUGAAACGUCAGGCGAAGAUUAAAAGCAAAAGAUAUCACAGAAUUUUGAAGAGAGAGAAACUCAAGAAAAGUGUCGAAGAGUUUGAAGACAUUAAAAAGUCUGAUCCGAAAGCAGCGAUUGAUAAACUCCAGGAAUUGGAUAAACUGCGAGCUCUGGAGAGGGCGAGCCUUAAGCAUAAGAACACAGGAAAGUGGGCCAAACAUCUGAAACUUAGGGCCCAAUACGAUGAUAGCGCUCGCAUUGCUCUCACAGAACAACUUCAGAUCAGCAAUAAAUUGACACAAAAGAGAGUUCACUUCGAAGAUGACGAGGAAGUGGACAAAAGUAGCGAUAAUGAGAGCGAUUCUGACGACAAUAAUGACGAAGACGUCCCUAAAGACAAUGAGUUCGAGCCAUUGCCUGAGGAUUAUAAUCCAUGGAUGAAAAGCGGACGACAGAGUAAACCAAACACUCAACCCAUAGAGGAGGAGAAAGAGGAGGCCGAAGACGAACCCAUCAAUUUUGAGACAUGGGGUUCGCCCACUCAUGAGUCUAUUCAACCCAUAAAUCCUAAAAAAAAUGAAACAAUUAAUGACAAAAAGUCCAAAACUGUGGAACCGAUUCCAAAAGAGGCCGAAAUAGAUCCGAACGACUUUAUUGUAGUGAAGGCUAACAAAAUCAAGUCUUCAUUUCCCGAUUUGGUGACCGAAAUGGAUUCGGACGCCGAGAGUGUGGAUGAAUCGGACGGUAUAUCAGACGACGAACAAAGACAACUGGUGUCCGAAGCGUUCGCCGACGACGACGUGAUGAGUGAUUUUAAAAGCGCCAAAAAGGAGAGGAUAGAGAACGAGAGCGCGAAAGACAUUAACCUUCAUUUGCCGGGUUGGGGUUCUUGGGCUGGAAAUGGUGUCAAACAAAGUAAACGCAAACGUAAAAAGUUUACGAUUAAAGCCAAGACAAAGGAGCGAAAGGACGGCAACAUUGGAAAUGUGAUCAUUUCGGAGAAAAACGAUGACAUUAUCGCUAAACAUAGAGUAAAUCAAUUGCCGUUUCCUUUCAAGAAUGUGGAAGAGUUUGAGAAUAGUAUUCGU